CAGAAUGUAAAAUUCUACAAUUUUACUGACGCGGCAACACUCACAUCAAGAUCUGGGGAAUUCAAGGAAUCAUAUGUGAUUCUGAGCACGCAGCCAAACAAGAUUACGACUGUUAGAAUGCCAAGCAACUACCCCACUCUGAGGAAUGGGUUCAGCAUGGCUACGAGUGUUAACUUCACAGUGGAUGGUACCAUGCGUUUUGGAACAAACACAAAAAUCCUGUCAACAACGCCAUUUGACUUCGAUGGAGAAGUUAUUGAAUCAUAUUACAACCCACCAAUAAUGACCAUCACAGAAGCCCUAAGUGCUCCAGUAAACACACGUUUAUCGAUCAUCGGGAAAGUUAUCCAGUCCUAUCCCAGAUCUACUACUGGAGUUAGGAAAAAGAGUCAUCCAUUUGACACAGGACGAGGAACGGAUCACAGUUAA